AGUUGCUACUUGAAGGGUUGUUAGUCUUGGUCAUGAACUGUUAAUUGAGACUGUCGACUGUUAUCUGAGCUUCUGCUGUGCAAUGGGAGGGCCUUUUUCUCUCCAUAACAGGAUAAGACAGUCCAUUUCUCCUUGAGGUGUUGCAGCUGCUUUGCCUUUUCUCCCUCCAUUCUGAUUUUCUCUCUCUUUCAUUUCCUUUCUUAAUCGCUGCGUCCUCCCUGCUCCCUCUCUCCUUCACAUGCCUUUUGUGAACUUUUACUGUCAAUGAUCAGUCCUCCAUGAGACGUGGUACAAGCGAAACUAACUGGAGAGCUCUGUCAGAGAGCCAGCAUCAACACGAUGGGCCAAACAGCCCAGCCAAUGUGCUGCGCUGCAGACUCGGAGGAUACAAUGGAGCUGUUUGUGUCCCACUUCAGUUCCUGCUUUCCUAACCAUUGUGAAGAAGAUGUACAACAGCGGGGUGAUCGUUCUCAUCCAAUAACUUGGAAUUUUACCGAUCUGGACCAGUUAUUCUCAGAGCUGCAGUCGUUCCUGAAGGUUCUGGACACAGAGUGUCUCAGCUGCGUGGCCGAGUCGAAGAAGGAGUCGGUGGCGGAGUUGCUCCAAGAGCUGAACACAAGUCCGUGUGCAGAGCAAACUGGAUCCAUGGCAGCCGAGGAUGCAGAUUACAUGUUCAUGAGUUGUGUUACCCUGGCAGAGAAUCGCUUGGAUAUGCAGCUCCCCACAAGUGCGAGCAAGCUGCGGAACGUUCUGGAGAUCAUCGAAGACACAGAAGAUGUUUCGCCCUGCCCCCAAUUAUUGGAUGAUUUCCAAACCAAAGUGAUGCAGAGUACUCCUCCACCGGCCCCUCACCAAACCAAUGAGGUCCACCCCGAUGACUCCUACGAGGACGCAGAACCACUCAACCCCCUCACGCAGUGCACUGCAGGUGUCUCCAGGGGCCUUGAGCGCUUAAUCAGUUCUCCUUUCCUGCAGUGUUAUAAGUGCAUGAAGGACCAGUAUCCCUUGAUGGAGCUCAGCCUGCAGGGAUCCCGGGUCACGUACAAGUUUAAACGCAGUAAGAAGAUACAGCACGAGCUUAAGAUUACCACAGCGAGUAAUGAGACUCUGGUGCUUGGCCUGCAGAGUCGUGAGCAGACUGAGGACUGGCGGAAGGUCGUUGAAGAGGUGAGCAGUAUGUCUUCCCGAACAUCAUCAUGGAAUUCAUCACAGACGCCAGGGACGGACAGUCAAUGUGUCGCAAGCAAAUCAGCACUGAGGGGCAGUCGAGGUUCCGAACUGGAGAGACCCCCAGGUGAAGUGCUCGCUGACAACCCAGCCACUCGAGACACAGGUUACCUGAAGGUGCUCGUGAACAGCCACUGGCAGACUCUGUGGUGUCACAUUGAGGACCGAGUGCUGUUGAUGUAUAAAGAUGUCGGCGGAGCCGGGAGGCUGCACUACUCCGUGGACCUGCAAGGUUGUGAGGUCAGGAUGCAGGCUGACAGCACCCACAAGUACAGGCUGACUGUCUCACAGCAGCACAAGGAUCUGGCUGUGCUGCAGACUAGCUCGCCAGAGGACAGAGAUCGAUGGCUCAGCCUCCUGCAGGCAGGGUGUGGCAUGAACACAGAACCCGCUCACCUGUACGAAGACACUGUCCUGCCGAGUGGAACUGAUGUAGCUCCAAGGGAUGGAAACCAAGUCAGUGGUUUGCUUCAGCGACGAAUCACCACUCCCAACACGUACAUGGACGACCCAUUCGGCCAAGUGUCCGGUCAGAACGCUCUAGAAGACAGGAGCUCGGGAGCCACUCAACAGACGAGGGUCAACUGGCCAAGCCGUGAAGUGGUGAACAGAGAAGGCGCAACAUUUCAAGACAGGGAACAUUGCAGCAGUACAAACAACAAUAAUCCGGCAAGAUAUAGCACCCUGCCAAGUGUGUUUCGUGAAACCAACUUUUUAAAAUCUUGGAGCGACUUUGAAAUCAAAACAUGCGGAGCUGAAAAGGAGCCUUUCAGAAAUCAAGCGACGCAGACAGACAAGAAGGAUUUCAAAGAGGCAAUGGAUAUCCUGUCUGAGAAAAAGGCGCUGCCAAGGUUGGAAGAGAAGAUCCGUCGUCUCGAGCAGGCUAUGUACAGAGCGAAAGAGAGGGUGAAGUCGGGAUCUGAACUUAACCUGCUGUCCCUGAGCAAGACGUUGAAACGGGCAUCCUGUGGCCAGUCUCUGGCUCUGUUUUCCUCAAACUCAGAAGCAGCGAGUCCUGAGGGUCCGAUAGUCAGCCCAAUCUUAAGACGCACAGCCUCAGCCAAAAGCACUCUGAGAAGGACACCGUCCAUCACGGUGGUUGAAAAGGGCCGAGUCCUGCAGAAAACAAAGGAAUGGGAAAUGAAGUCUUCAGUCUAAGCAAACGUGUGCAAAAAUGCAAUUAUUUUGCAAAGAACUGUCGUCAUGUGAAUAUGCCGAGUUUGCGGAACUUCGGCAAUGUAAAUAUUGGCGUCAGCAUGUGGAUCAUGCGAAGGAAAACACAAUACUGGAUUCACUUGUCAUCUCUGACACUUAAAGAAACGUAACACCACUAAGGGGCCUGGUUUCCAUUACAGUCUGCGAGCUGUAUCAAGGGUGACUUUGUAAUAAGAUGAAAAAGAAUUGGACUGUGACCUGACUGGGACAGUUGGAUUCCAAAAGCCUACAAUAUCAUCACUUUGAUUCCAGAGCGUCUGUUUCCUUUUAAUGCGAGCUAAUGUUGUCAACGCAAAAUGAUGACAUGUUUAUUUUGGAAAUGAGGACUUUCUAAACCAAAUGUGUGUUUUCCCCCCUCCCAAGUUUCCAAAUUAUAUUUUGGCCCCACCUCCAUCACACCCCCCCCCCCGCCCCAUCUGCCAACCCAGGCCACAGCAGCAACAAGACCACAGCAAUUAAUCACAGAUGUCACCAACCCUCUGGUCAACUUAACAUAACAGGGAGUGACCAAUUGAUCCUUUGUUCAAUGCACAACGUUAAAAACUUUGAAAGGUCCUGAUGCAAAGUGGUGAUGCUGAUUGCAGUGAGCAUAAACGUGCUCUCCAGGCUCGAUCGCCCUUUCAAAGGGCUUCCUCGCUCUGUCCUAGUCUGUCUGGAGUUAACAGAAACAAGGCUGAGAUGCCCCACGAAGGAUAAGUUGGCGAUGGCAAACACUUCCUAGGAUUCUAUGUGGUAACUCACUUAACAAACAGGCAGAGUGCAGAAGUCGAGGGCAUAGGUUAAUGGCGAGAGGGGAAAGAUUUAGAAAGAAUUAAGAGGCAACUGUUUCAUACAGAGGGUGGUACGUGUAUGGAAU